AUGGCCAAUCCUCUAGUCGCUGCACUCGGUCCAGUCGGUGGCCUUGCAGCGUGUGCUUGCUGUUUAAUUAUUGCUGCUAUAUGGGGUCUUUUUGCUACCAUGAUUGCAUUAGCCGUUUAUACAAAGGAAUGGCGAGAUGCUAUCAAAAGAGCAAAUAACAUCAGUGGUGCUGGAGAUGUACAAAUGUUCUUUAGUCACGCUCUUCUCCUUGGCAUACUUUGCGUAUAUGGCUAUGUUGGUCUUCGGCGAGCAAUUCGCUCAGCUAACUAA